AGGCGGCGGCGGCCCGGGGGGCCCUGCGGCUCUGCCCGUGCUCCAGGGGCUGCACCCGGUCGCCAUUUCGCGCCCUCUCGGCUCUUCCGCGAAGCCUGGGCGCGAUUGCUCUGGUAGUGCCUGAGGGGUUCAGGCGCCUGCUGGAGCCAGGCUGUGAUAUGGGGAAAAAUCUUUGUAUAAGAAGACAGUAGAUACUUGGGAGGAUAAUAGAUGUUGAGGCAAUUCAGUAGUUAUGGCAAAGGAUAAGAAGAAAGAUGUCAAGAAGUCAGAAAGGUCUGUACGUCCUUCUAUCGCUGAACAAGGUGCCAGAACUGAGAGUAGUUCAACAAAGCUAACGGAUUUGCAGGAAGCACAGGCAAGCACAGCAGUAUCAGAUAAAGAACCAGAGGAGGUAGAAGAACGUCCAGUCCAAAAUGUUCCUCAAUACUAUGAGGAGCCUAUUCUUACUCAGCUUAUUGUAAAAAGCUAUGAAGGUGAAAAAGUCCAUGGAUUGUAUGAGGGUGAAGGUGUUGCAUAUUUUGAGGGAGGAAACACGUAUAAGGGGAUGUUUUCUGAAGGGUUUAUGCAUGGACAAGGGACUUACACAUGGGCUGAUGGAGUGAAGUAUGAGGGAACAUUUGUUAAGAAUGUGCAGAUGCUUAAUGGAUGCUAUACAUGGAAUGAUGGCAGCUAUUAUGAAGGAUCGAUCGAGAAUGGACUUAGGCAUGGAUUUGGCUUUUUCAGGAGCAGUACCCAUCCAGUUUCUUAUAUUGGUUACUGGUAUAAAGGCAAAAGACAUGGAAAGGGUACCGUUUAUUAUGAUCGGGAGCACACCUCUUGGUAUUCAGGUGACUGGCUAAAUAACGUCAAGGAAGGAUGGGGAAUGAGAUGCUAUAAGUCUGGCAAUACCUAUGAAGGUCAGUGGGAGAAAAAUGUACGUCACGGAAGAGGAAGAAUGAGGUGGUUGACAGAUAAUCAAGAGUAUAUUGGACAGUGGGUGUAUGGCAUACAGCAUGGAUAUGGCACCCACAUAUGGUUUCUGAAGAGAAUGCCUGCAUCCCAGUACCCUUUAAGAAAUAAAUACAUAGGGAAUUUUGUAAAUGGGGAACGACAUGGACGUGGGAGGUUCAUCUAUGCCAGUGGAGCAGUGUAUGAUGGCGAAUGGGUUUGUAAUAAGAAGCAUGGCAAGGGCAAGUUUGUUUUCAAGAAUGGGAAUGUUUAUGAAGGAGAGUUUGUAGAUGAUAAUAUGGUAGGAUAUCCUGCUUUUCAAGUGGGUGCAAUGGAUGCACAAAAGUUGAAUGCCAUUUGCACAGGAAGUCGUUUUGGCACUGAAACCAUUGGAAUCAUUAACGACUCAGAAAAUCCUUCUACUCUGGGAUCAGAUAUUGAAUUAGAUAUAUCUUCACUGCUUGACUUGUUACCAGGGGAAGAGAAACAGGAAGAAACGAGACAAGUAGAAUUUGCUGUGUUGAGACAUAUUACAGAACUGAGAAGAGUUUACAGUUUCUACAGCAGCUUAGGCUGUGACGAUGCUCAUGACAACACCUUCCUUAUGACUAGGCUCCAAUUUUGGAGAUUUCUGAAGGACUGCCAACUUCAUCACUCCAACAUAACUCUCGCUGAAAUGGAUCGAAUAUUGAGUGGUGAUAAAACGCCACUUGAGGAGAUACAUUCUCCAUAUGAGACUUUACUCUUCAGAACAUUUUUAUCUCACCUUAUUCAUCUAGCAUUUCAUAUCUAUCAUAAGGAGCACAAGGACAAAGGUCCUUAUCUGAGUAAGUGUUUUGUAGAAAUGGUGUCCAGGAAUGUUAUUCCCACUGCAUGUCAUAUCCAGGGUAUCUUGUUUUCUGAACAACGUCGUACUGUUUUUGCCCUGAGCUACAUUGACAAAUGCUGGGAAAUAUACAGAGCCUUUUGUAGAUCAAAUACCAGACCUCCAUUUGAACCCACAAUGAAAAUGAGGCAGUUCCUUUGGAUGUUGAAUGAUUUUGAACUUCUCAGCAAACAAUUAACUGCUUCAAGACUUGUGGAAAUACUUGUCAAAGAUGGUCCAUCUCUACAUGACAGCAGUAGUACCAACCUGGAACAGGAGAAGGGAUGUUCGAGUAGAUACAUGAAGCAGUUGGUUUUUCUCGAAUUUGUUGAAGCUCUUCUCGAUUGUGCGCUGGUGUAUGUUACCAAUGAUAUGAUUAAAGAGCAGGUAGAUCAUGAUAAUCAGAAGAGAAGUAACUUCAGAGCUGAGGAUUUCUCCGAGAAAACCACGAAUGUGUCUCUGUGUCCAGAAUAUUCUCUCUCCCAGUACACUUACAGCAGAAGCAUAAUUGGUGCAGACAUAAAUGAUGACAUUUCUGAGGCAGUUGAGUUCAACAGUUGCUCAUGGUUGUCUUCAAGCAAAAGUGUCAUAUCACAAGAUGACAUAAAGAAGCAUGAGCCACCGAGACCCUGUGAAGACCGAGGGCAGUCUCUGCAAGAAUUUCUAAUGGAUCCUGUCCUCUCAUUCCACACAAGUCAUGGAGAAGUCAAAGAUGUUUGGUCAUUGUCCAGCUGGGAUACAGCCAAAGGACAAGAUCUCUGUCCAGCAAUGGAACUGACAGAUAAACUAGAAGCCAAAACUGUAAAAGAUGAGGAAUUUGGUCGGUGGAUGUAUCAGGUGCAAAUCUUUUUUAUAAACAACUUCUUUCCUGCCUACCAUCAUGAAAAAGCACUGAGGGAAAAAAUAAAAGAAAAUCAAAUACAGGAUGCUGAGUUAGCUGAGCUGAGAAAGAUGAAGGAUGAAGAGCUGGCAAAGCUUAUUGCUGAAAGAGAAGCAGAAGAGGCAAAAAGGCAGGAAGAGGCCACAGUUGAAAAAGGAUCUUUUGAGUCCAACAAUACAGCUAUUAAGGAGUUAGAGGAGCCUGUUCCACAGUUAGUACCCCCUCCAAAGGAAGAGGCAUCCAUUGUACCACCCCCUGUUGUUACCAAGGUGCCUGCUGGUGCAAAGAGAAAGAAGAAGUAAAUCUUCUGAUGAGGCCUGAAACUUCAAGUAUAGCAAAUCAGUCUUCAAACAGUCUUAGAAACACCAAUACUGGCAGAAGGAUCAUUGACAGGAGAGACAUGAUGUGUAAGUAAGUUUUAUGUCAGUGAUCCAUGGGUAGGUUACAUCAGAUGUAAAUAUUUUCAUCUCUCACCUGUAAUACACUUCAUUAAUUACUCCUAAACAUCACAAAGUACUCCUCUAUUAUUUCAAAGAAGAAUGACUCAUUAAUAAUUUAAGAAUGUUUGAUGAAUAUUUAUGUUGUUCUUUUUUCAUAGCUAAUAGAGAAAGCAGACUAAAACCUGACACAAACUUACCUGGUCUAUCAUCGAUAACUCCCUCUCUAGAUUUUGCAUGAGAUGGAUUUUAUUACUUUUCCAUGGGCAUACGAUUCAGUAGUAACUGUAUUUAAAAGUAAUAAAAACCA